AUUUCAGUACCUGGGAGCUGUCCGUUGUGCACGAGCCUGCUGACAACUAACGGUGAGGAUGGCCAAAGUGAAGCAGGUGGGCUUGCUGGCAGCAGGCUGUCAGCCCUGGAACAAAGACGUGUGUGUCGCCAGUGGAGACCGCUUUGCCUACUGUGCUACUUUGGCAAUAUACAUCUACCAGUUGGAUCAGCAAUACAAUGAGUUCAAGCUGCGCUCCAUCAUGUCUGAACACAAGAAGACCAUAACAGCCAUCAGCUGGUGUCCUGACAACCCAGACCUGUUUGUGUCAGCAUCUGCUGAUAACCUCCUCAUCGUGUGGAACGUAGCAGAACAAAAGGCUGUUGCUCGGCUUGAAAACACUAAAGGCAUCCCUGCAUCAGUCAGCUGGUGCUGGAACUCAGCUGACGGCGUGGCCUUUGUCUCCCAGCGUGGGCCACUUUACAUCUGGGUCUAUGGAGGUCCUGACCCUGGGGUCACUGUGCACAAAGAAGCCCACUCCUUCCUGUCUGAUAUCUGCCUCUUCAGAUGGCAUCCCACCAAGAAAGGCAAACUAGUGUUCGGACACACAGACGGGAGUUUGUCCAUUUUUCAACCAGGAAGUAAAAGUCAAAAGCAUGUUCUGCGUCCAGAGUCAUUAGAGGGGACAGAUGAAGAGGAUCCUGUCAGUGCACUGGAAUGGGACCUUCUUUCAACGGACUAUUUACUAGUGUCAAACCUCCAUAAUGGCAUCAGACUGGUGGACAGCGAGGCCUUGGCUUGUAUCACCUCCUUCUGCUUCCCCUCAGCUGCUGCUUCAGUUCAGUGUCUGGCCUGGGUCCCCUCUGCACCCGGCAUGUUCAUCACUGGAGACUCACAGGUUGGUGUGUUGAGGGUCUGGAACGUGUCACGCUCAACUCCUUUGGACAGCUUCAAACUGAAAAAGACCGGAUUUCAUGCUUUACAUGUCCUCAACUCCCCUCUGGCCAAGAAAGCUCAGAGUUCCUGCUCUCCCAGUAAAAGUCAGCACACCAGUUCCACCAGCGAGGCCAUCCCCCCACCAACCCUGUCACAGAACCAGUCCUUCUCUCUGCCUCCGGGCCAUGCCGUGUGUUGCUUCAUGGAUGGGGGUGUGGGACUCUACGACAUGGGGGCCAAGAAGUGGGACUUCCUACGAGACUUGGGUCAUGUAGAGACGAUCUUUGACUGCAAGUUUAAACCUGACGAUCCAAACCUGCUCGCCACCGCUAGUUUUGAUGGAACCAUUAAAAUCUGGGACACAAACACGCUGACAGCUGUUUACACCUCUCCUGGCAAUGAGGGCGUGGUCUACUCUCUGUCUUGGGCUCCAGGAGACCUGAACUGCAUCGCAGGAGCAACGUCCCGUAACGGAGCGUUCAUCUGGGAUGUCAGGAAAGGAAAGAUUAUCACUCGGUUUAAUGAGCAUGGAAAGAACGGUAUUUUCUGUAUAUCAUGGAGCCACAAGGACUCCAAGAGGAUUGCAACGUGUAGUGGGGAUGGAUUCUGUAUUAUCCGCACCAUUGAUGGAAAAAUCCUUCACAAAUACAAACAUCCUGCUGCUGUGUUUGGAUGUGACUGGAGCCAAAACAACAAAGACAUGAUAGCAACAGGCUGUGAGGAUAAAAACGUUCGUGUGUACUACCUGGCUACCAGCUCAGAUCAGCCUCUGAAGGUCUUCACUGGACACUUAGCUAAAGUUUUUCAUGUUCGCUGGUCUCCACUCAGAGAGGGAAUACUAUGUUCUGGAUCAGAUGAUGGCACUGUCCGCAUCUGGGACUACACACAGGACGCCUGCAUCAAUGUGCUCAGUGGUCACACAGCUCCAGUCAGAGGACUGAUGUGGAACACGGAAGUACCGUAUCUGCUCAUUUCAGGUUCUUGGGAUUAUACGAUCAGAGUUUGGGAUACGAGAGAUGGGACGUGUUUGGAUUCAGUCUACGAUCACGGAGCUGAUGUCUAUGGGUUAACGUGCCAUCAGAGCCGUCCAUUCACCAUGGCGAGCUGCAGCAGAGACAGCACAGUGAGACUCUGGUCUCUCACACCUCUCAUUUCUCCGCUGCUGCUGAACAUCCUCACUGACCAGCCAUGGGAGAGGAUCAUUGGGAACACAGACACAGCAAUGGUUCCCGGCUCGCCGCCGCUGCUCUGCGGUAAAGUUUCUCGAGACAUCAAACAAGAGCUUGACAAACUGAGUUUAGACAUCAGGGAAAAGAAGCUGCGCUGGUUCUCUGAAUGCUUCUCGCCUCCAGGGGGCAGCGCUAACCUGUGGGAUCUGGUGUCAGUUGUGAACGGUCAGGACGACUCUCUGCUUCCUGCCAGCUACAGCAAAGGAGUGAUGCACAUGAAACACCUGCUCAAGUUUAAAACAUCUGAAGCACAGGAGCUGACCAUAGUGAAGAUGUCAAAGUUUGGAGGAGGAAUCGGAGCUCCGAGUAAAGAGGAGAGGCUGAAAGAAGCAGCAGACAUCCACCUGAGGCUGGGACAGAUUCAGAGAUACUGUGAAUUAAUGGUGGAGCUGGGGCAGUGGGAGAAAGCUUUAUCUGUGGCACCAGGAGUCUCCAUGAAAUACUGGAAAAAGCUCAUGCAGAGGAGAGCUGAUCAGCUGAUGGCAGAGGAUAAUGAUGAUGCCAUCCCGUACUGCAUUGCCACAGGAGACAUAAAAAAACUUGUAACUUUCUUCACAGGAAGGGGACAACUACUGGAAGCCUUAAUAGUAGCACAGGGAGCGUGUGAAGGAAACAUUCGCUCACCUCAGAGCUCUGCAGUCAACCACACAAAUAAUGAUGUGGAUAACAGACAGCAAUACCAGAGUCUCCUCCAUAAGGUUUGUAAGGAGCUAGCAGAGUGGUACUUCCAGGAUGGGUGUUCUGUUCUGGCUGCGUGCUGCCAUCUAGCUGUGGAUAACAUCACAUUAGCGAUGUCCAGUCUGAUCAGAGGAAAUGAGCUGGAGCUAACUGCGUGUGUGGGCCUUGUCCUGGGAGAGCCAGCCAAUCAGUGCACAGCUUACUGCCUUGAACUCUUGGCCAGGAAAUACAUGAGCACACCUUCAUGGGAUCUAUCUGCUGAACUUUUGCAAAUGAUCCCCGACAAUCACAUUUUAUUGGCCAAGCUUUGUGCAUUGUAUCCCGCAAGUGCUGCUGAAAUCAACCAGUUACAUCAAAAGUGUGGUCUGCCUUCGAUAGAAGAGUGUAAGGUCUUGGCUGAGGAGGCAAAGCGGGAAAAAGAUUUGUUUUCAGCGGUUAAAUUUUAUCUGCUGAGCUCUGAACCUGAAAAUGCUCUGCAGAUCGGGAUAGAUCACGUUAAAGAACAGCUGACUCAAUCUGAUUGGACGCUGGACAGUGUUUAUCCGAUCCUUGACCUGAUGAGUUACAUCAGAACAGACCGCCUUAUUGUGUCCAAAUUCACAGAAACUCGCAGUGAGCUGUUGAUCCUGUGUGGUUAUAUCGGAGGUCUGCUCGCCAUAAGACGACAGUAUUCCAGCAUUGUACCUGCUCUCUACGAGUACACCAGUCAGUUGUUGAAGAGGAGGGAGGUGUGUGUUCCUCUGAAGAUCGAGCAGCUGUCCGUGGAGCUCGAUGCCUGGAGGGCCUGCACACAAAGUAACAGCAAUCCUCCAUCAGAGAGUCAGAGAGAUGAGUUCAGCUGCCUCGAGAGGAGAAUCCAACCUACAGACCCUGAUGCUUUAGUUUUAUGUGGUGCUGAUUAUGUGACGGGUUCCAAUCUGCCGAGUCACUCUGACGUUCAGCUCUCCUGCUUCACUGGACACAGGAUACAGGGUCCGGUGUUUUUACUGGAGGAUGGUAAAUCGGCGAUCUCCCUGAAUGAUGCUCUGAUGUGGGCUAAAGUAAACCCCUUCUCUCCUCUGGGAACAGGAAUCCGCAUCAACCCUUUCUAGCACACAAGAACUGAAACGUUCAUAGAGGGCAUUUCAUGACAGACGUAGCUAAUUGUGAGAUGUUGUAAUGGAAAAGAAUAAUGAAAACUGGGCUGAGAGUAACAUUUUUGUUCUUCAACCAACCGGCCAACAGUAUUUUGUAAUUUCCCGAGCCAGAAAACAUCAACAAACAGUUCAUUUGUUUGAGACGGGUAGCUUAGCUGUAAUGUGACGAGAACUUAGCCAACAAAUCAUCACGCUUUAUCCAAGGAGUGGAGAAUUACUUAAGUUUGUGCAUAUGAUCAUAAUUUAUUCUAUUGUGUAAAAAAGAAAAUGCUGGA